GCCCGUGCCACUUUAGUGACGUAGCGACAAGACGCCACCGAGCUGAGGUGUCGGCGGCUCGACUCUCCAGGAGGAAUGGCCUGUCUACUCUCCGGUUCUCUCCCCGCGCUGCUCUUGGCCCUGUCCGCUGUGUGUGGAGUCUGUGUCGGCACCGAGCUGAGCUUCGUGACGUGCGGCUCCGUCAUCAAACUGUUGAACCUGAAGCACAAUGUGAGACUUCACUCACACGACGUGCGCUACGGCUCCGGUAGCGGGCAGCAGUCUGUAACUGGGGUCACUACAGUGGAAGACAGCAACAGCUACUGGAGCGUCCGUGGAACCGGCGACACCUUCUGCCAUCGGGGUUCCCCGGUAAAGUGCGGGCAGACAGUCCGCCUCACCCACGUCAACACAGGCCGAAACCUGCACAGCCACUACUUCACCUCGCCACUGUCCUCGAAUCAGGAGGUGAGUGCUUUUGGUGAGGAGGGGGAAGGCGACCACCUGGACGAGUGGACGGUUCAGUGCGGGGGAUCCGUGUGGAAACGCGAGGAGGCCGUCCGCUUCUGUCACAAGGCCACGGAGGCACUGCUGUCCGUGACGGGGGAGCAGUAUGGACGGCCAAUCCACGGUCAGAGGGAAGUUCAUGCCAUGUUGGGCCCCAACCAGCACAGCCUCUGGAAGGCCAUGGAGGGCAUCUUCAUGAAGCCCAGCGAGAGCUCGGCGGGCAGCCGAGAAUACAGUCACAUACACACAGAGUUCUGAUCUUCUCUUCUUCUGUUUCCUUUCAUCUUCCUCCCUGUCUACUAGGGCUAAACAAUGAACAAAACAUAUCACAUCCCAUCGAUUUGGGAAUAUGAGUCACGAUUUCUGCAUUGAAUUUUCUCUGUGAAAAUGAUGAUGAUUUUUAUUUAAUUUUUUUUCUGGGAUCCCUCUCAAACAAGCACAUUCUCUUUCAUCUGGAAAAUAUGACUUGUAGGUCGAGGUAUCUCUAUAACACCACAACUAUUUAUAUAUAAUAAUAUGUUAUGACAUUUUUAUCUAAAUGAAAAAACUGCAGCUCCAACAGUUUGGAUUUUACACUUGGCCAUAUUGCAAUUUCGAUAACAUUUCAAUAAAUUGUUCAGCCCUAGUGUCUACCUCUGUAUUCCGACCUCUGUCUGUAACUACAUCUGCACCAGCAGCCUCUGAAUGCACCUCUGUCCUCUCUCAUUCUUCUCCCUCAUUAACCUCUGACUCGUCUUCUAAAGAGACUGUGCCAAAACUCUGUCAUGGGUCUGGGUACAAUUACUUCAUCCUGUCAAUCCAUUCUGUCGCUCUGACUUUCUGACAAUAGUGUUUUAAAAUCAAUGUCCACGUGUAAUGCAUACGUGGAGAUGAAUAUUUGAAACAGUAUUGUGUUUAGACAGCUUUUUCGAACAACACUAUAAUUUGCCUUAACCGGCACAUAUAGAAAUACAAGUAUUAAAACGCAGUUUUACUGUAUGAAGACUGCACAAGGGGAGUUAUUCCUCACAGCUGUUAUUUAUUGUUAAAUAACUUCCAUCUGCAAGCACACUACAACACAGAAGGCCAAUCAGUACAUUGGAUUUCGCGGGAUAAACAACAUUUGUUACACUUGUGCCUUUGUUUUGUUUGUUUAAAAAAAAGUAUGUGUUUACAUUUUGAAGCCUUUUAAACUUUUGGAAACCUACAAUGUUUUUAUGGUAUUUUUAAGCCAUGUUAUACUCAAACGAUGAUAAACAGUGUUACUAUGGUAAAUUCCUUUUUUCCCUUUAACUCAGUGAAGCAUUUACAUAAUCCCACACCAACUGACAUGAGAGGAUAAGCAGUUUUGUCCGUGGUGGUAUUUCUUGUUUUCAGCGUUAUACAUCACUGAAAGACUGUUGACUGUCUUUCUUACGUUCAUGCUGUCUGUGCAAGCGUAUGUGUUGGAUCAGCUCUUUGUUUCAGAGGUUCAUAUGAACAACAAGCCUGCAAUGAAUACCUCAUAUUAAAGAGAUUUUUAUGCACAGUU